AUGGAUCUCAGCCUUCAAAUAGCGAUAUCUCCGAUCUUUCAUUUUGGCGGCAAACGUAUCACCGUGACAAAAGAUACGCUUCUGAAUAAGCUUCGUCCGACCGUAUACCGCUUAGAACUCGAGGAGCCCCGUUUUGGACUUCCAGAGACAGUCAUUGUCAAGCAACAGAAAAACGAACGGGAAGCUGAGUUUCGCGCUGAGAUAUCUGCCUACAAGAAGCUACAAAAGCUUCAAGGGACCGUGAUCCCAACUCUAUUUGGUGAAGGCUCUUUCAAUGGGCGCCCGGCCUUAAUCCUUUCAGAGAUUAAAGGGAUUACUCUGCGCGAUCUCGCGAAACUAGUCGAAACGAGCGUCGAAGAGAAUACUUUGAAGUCUCAUCUUGAGAACGCUUUCCAGGAGCUCUACAAGUACGGAGCCGAGCAUUGUGACCUGAAUCUAGUGUGA